CGUCAUCCCAGUCACUGUUUAACCUCCCCGUGUCUCUUGCUCUCUGUCAGUUUGUUUGUGUACCAAAUCCUCUGUUUUCUUCAUGUCCUGUUCCUGCUCCUGCUCCUGCUCCUGGGUGUUUCCCUCUGCACCUGCUACCUGCCUCUGUCUGCCUGUGAGCCUGUUUUCUCUUAUUAAAGGCAUCAGGCUGCCUGUGUGUCUGCAUUUGGUUCCUCUAUCCUGUUUCUAUCCUGCAAGCGUGACACAUGUAGGGAGCUUCUGCCUGCACCGUCUGCACAUCACUGUGUUUUUUUUAUUUAUCCAUCUAUUACUUUAACCAGAUUGGUGGUUGUGGGACCUUGUUUUGUUGUUUAGUUGGGAGGACAUGUUGAAAUUUCGGGUCUUUUGGUGGCAAAAAUAAUGUCAGUCAUCUCGUCGUCCUCUGCUCUGCAUCUGCUCUUUGUGCCUGCUCUCCCUCCUCCCUCCUCCCUCCUCCUCAUUAGACCAGAUCCUCGCUGUCAGAGGAUUACACUCUGCUGUGUUUUCGCUCCACACUGGUCGCUUUCCUCUGACUCCUCUGUUAUUUGAGGACCUGACUGAGGACCAUGGGCCUGCUGGACGUCUUCUCCUCCAUCAGAGACCGAGCUGAAAAGUUUCUGAAUGAGAAAAAUGUAGUGACGGAUUUUCUGGGGAAGUUGGAGGAGAAAACGGGGAUACAGAAGAAGAUCAUCGCAGCCGGUGCCGUCUCAUUGACUGGACUCUACCUGGUGUACGGAUAUGGUGCCUCCCUUCUCUGCAACCUGAUUGGUUUUGUCUAUCCAGCGUAUUACUCAGUCAAGGCCAUCGAAAGUCCGAGCAAAGAGGAUGACACAAAAUGGCUGACGUACUGGGUGGUGUAUGGCGUCUUCAGCUUGGGCGAGUUCUUCUCAGACAUUUUUCUCUACUGGUUUCCAUUUUACUAUGCUUUUAAGUGUCUCUUCCUGUUGUGGUGCAUGGCCCCGAUGUCAUGGAACGGCUCCCAGAUCAUCUACAACAAAGUGGUUCGUCCCGUCUUCCUCCGCCACGAGGCCACGGUGGACAACAUGGUGAGCGACCUCAGCGGGAAGGCCAUGAGCGCCGCCGAGAACCUCACCAGAGAAGUCCUGUCCACUCUGGUGAAGAGUAAAGCUCUGGUGACUCCGGUGCCACCGGUCGCUCAGUCUGAAGCUAAAAGUUUACCAAGUUCAUCGAGACACACAACGGCAGCUAUAAGCGGUCCAUCACAACCAAGUGAAGACCGGCCGAGGAUGAACCCUUUGGAUGUUAAUGACCCUACGGCCUUUUUUCUAGCACCACCCUCAGGACAGGAGAGUAACAAAUCCUGCUCCUUCCUCAAAAUAUACCAGGCACUGGAAAUCUGGCAGACACAGUGUGAAGAGGUGGAGCUUCAUUCCUGGCAGACUGUGUCAAUACAGGAUUGAAUCAGUUUUAUUGAUCAGCCACAGAGGAUCACCAAAAGAGAAUCUGUAUGCCUGAAAAUCAUAAGCUUAACAACGUGACACAUUUUCCUUCUGACGCGUCAGUCUCCUCCUCCAUCAGCCGUCACGACUCCCAAACUAAAACUCUAAACACGUGCCUCAUCAAUAUCCAUGAACACACAGUAACAGUGUGAGCUGACUGGCAUGAAAACGUUCAAAGGAGUUUAUUCCUGCAGUCUCAGUGUAAAAACAUCCACAGCUUCGCGUGGAUCUACUUUGCCCCUGCCAGCGAAUCCAGCGAUUUGCAUUUUGCAGUGAAUUUUUUUUAAUGCUGGCUUGACUGGGGCCUUAUAGUUAAAUCAGGUUGUUGCAGUUUGGGUUCACAGUUAAACCUAUAUUCCUGUUCACGGUGGGAAAAACUGCUCCUUUAUAUAAUGUAAAAAAGGAGCAGUUUGUAGAUUCAGAAUAGAGAUGAGGAAUAAAUGUGCUAACCCAGCUGUCCUGUUACCUGUUCCAGCCUUUCCUGGGUUAACCAUUGUGGUAAGUCAACUGGUUUGGUGUUAGUGGCAUAUUUUACAGACAGUGAAUGUGGUAUGAAGAGAAUUAGCAUGAACCUCAGUGACCCUCAUGAAACAUCAGCGCUGUGACGGUUUAAAGGUAAAGCUGCUUUCUUCUUCGGUGGUGCUGGACUGCAGAUUUGGCUGCAGCAGCAGAUGGAGCAGACAGGAUCCUCCAUCCACUGUGCAGACCCGAACAGACCUGAAAGCUUCUAACACCCCCCUCCUAUCCUUUCCUGCUGCUCUUAAUAGCGUCAGCGCUCCCUGUCUGAUCUGCUUAUCGGUUUUUAAAAU